AUCUUCUUCGCUCUUACCAGGGAAAUCCCCAUACCCUAACCCUUCGCGUUAACCUCUUCAAUCGAUAAAUAAUAUUUUUUCCUCUCUUUUUCGCGGGUCAAUAUUUGCAGCGGCGCGUGAGUCAAUAGAGGUUGCGCGUGGGGCCACGCUCUGUCCGAUUCAUGAUUUGUUAUUUGUCAUCCAAAUUGGGAAAUCCACGCCGGAGGACGGCCGGAGCCCUUCUACCUUAUGGCGUCUGCAGUCUUAGCGAAUCGUAACGAACCAAAUUGGACGCAGCCACAGCCGAGAGGUGGUGCAAAAUUCAUGGGCAAAGUCCCUUUCUCUAACCCUAACCCUAAUCCUAAAUUGUCUAAAAAACGGCAUGCGGCUACACCUGCUGUCAACUUCGAUGGACCUCAAGCAUUGAUGCAAUCAGCUGCAUCUGACGAUGCUUCAUCGAUUAAUCGAAGGCCGGCCAGCGAUUUCAACACGGGUGGGUACGUGACGUUUAAUAUCGCGUCUUAUUCGAAAAAGGAGCUGCUGGAGCUGAAAAAUCGGUUGGUAGCGGAGCUUGAACAGAUCCGACAAUUAAAGAGUAGAAUCGAUUCCUCUGAGUUCCAGAUCAGAUCCAGCUCCAAUUUCCACAACAAGAAGUCAAUCGGUAACAACAGCAACAAGAAAAUAUUGGGGAACAAACGGCCGUUUCCUGCGACAAAUUUAGGAUUUGGAGGAAAAGAUGUGAAGCGAUCGAAUCAUCCGGAGAAUGCCCAGUUGAUGAAAAAAUGCGCUCAGAUUCUGACGAAAUUGAUGAAGCACAAACAUGGUUAUAUCUUUAAUAUGCCUGUAGAUGUCGAGGGUCUCAUGCUCCAUGAUUAUUUUGAUAUAGUUAAGAAUCCUAUGGAUUUGGGUACCAUAAAGUCUAAAUUGGGUAAAAAUAUGUACGAUUCGCCUGUGGAUUUUGCUGCUGAUGUUAGAUUGACCUUCAAUAAUGCCAUGAAAUACAACCCUAAAGGACACGAAGUGUAUAAUCUCGCCCAGCAGCAACUCUUAAGAUUUGAGGAAUGGUACAAACCUAUUAGAGAUAAAGUGGGGGAUGAAGAUCAAGAUCAUACGCACGAACGAGAACAGGUUCAAGAAGUGCAAGCUAGUUCUUGGGAUCACAUCUCCAAUCGCGGUGGUGAUACAGAUAGAAUAAAGAAAGAUCAGGAAAACGUUAUGCAAAUUGUACCGAAAUCUGACCCAAUUGGGAAAUCAAUUCAACCGAGUGGGUCUAAUCCUCAAUCUACAGCACAGUUGCCUGUGAGGACUCCAUCGCCAAUGCGAGCGCCCCCAGUGAAGCCCGUGAAGCUACCUAAACCCAAAGCCAAAGAUCCUAAUAAAAGAGAAAUGUCUCUCGAGGAAAAGCACAAGUUGGGACUUGGGUUGCAGAGUUUACCUCAAGAGAAGAUGGAGCAAGUGGUACAGAUAAUUAGGAAGCGAAAUGGGCAUUUGAGGCAGGAGGGGGAUGAGAUUGAACUAGAUAUUGAAGCUGUUGAUACAGAGACCCUAUGGGAACUUGAUCGGUUUGUGACCAAUUAUAAGAAGAUGGUCAGCAAGAUUAAGCGUCAAGCAUUGAUGGGUAUCAACAAUGCGGCUACUGCUGUUAGUGAUGGCAACAAGGAGGCAAUUGGGAAUGAGAGAAUAGAUGUUGCAAAUGAGGCAAAAAAGCCAAAGAAAGGGGAUGCUGGAGACGAGGAGGUAGACAUUGGUGAUGAAAUGCCAAUGAGCAGUUUCCCACCGGUUGAGAUUGAAAAGGACAAUGGCCGUGCUAGUAGCAGUUCUAGCAGCUCAAGCAGUUCAAGUGAUGAAUCAUCGUCUUCGAGCGAUUCUGAUUCAGGAAGCUCUUCAGGGAGUGAUUCAGAGGAUGCACAUUCGUAGGACUUGACUUUGAAAUAGAAGAAAAGUGGAAUUGCUUUAAAGCUUUGCAGAAUAGGUUCUUGAGGUUUCCUUGACAAGGAUAUGGAAGAGGUACUGCAUUUUGUUGUUGUUUUGGCAAAAAAAAAAAAAACGUCUAUAACUUGAUUUUGGUAAAAUAGGCCUCAUGAGGGUUGCAAAAAAUGCUUUGUACAGGGAGGUUUCUUCAAUUGUGGUGUUGUUUGUUGGUUGCUCUUUGGAAGAAUUGGUAGUAGGGCUUAACAUUGGAUGGAGGGAGGCUGCAACUUUGGAAGAAGUAAUUUGCUUUUGUGUAAAAAGACCCAAUCAAAUUGUAGGUUAGAGCUUUAGGAAAGGUAGUGAAAAGUUUAGUAGAUGGUUAGGGCUAGAGGAGAGAGAGAGAGAGAGGUAAACUAGAGAUUAAUUACUUUGUACACAUUACAACUCUUAAUACAAAAAGGCUGUUUAGCUUCCUUGCAUUUGCUUGUACUUUGGCUAUAUGAUUGGCUGAUGAAAAAAGCAACAAAAACUACGACUGCUAUCUCAUUCCAGUUGCUUAAGCAUUGCACGAAGGGGAUCCCAAAAAGUGAAGAAGAAGAGGGGGAAGAGGACAUUCUUGCCUUGCCACAAGAGGUUUGGUGCAGCUUUCCAUCAAAUAACACAUUUUGGCAGGCAUUAUGGAAGGUGGGUGAAGACACCAAACAACAUAUCAUGCCUUUGGUGCAUUGCCAACCUGUUAUUCCCAAUUAUAGCUGGCCUCAAGUUCCUAUAAAUAGUAUUUUGAUAAGAUAUUUUUUUUUCA